UAGCACCCUUGUGGAUAAGGCUCUGUCCGGCACUAGUUAAUUACUACUACUAAUCAUACGACGCCGCCGGCCGCUGCCGCAAGCGUGCGCCGCUCGGCCACUACAACCGCGGCCACAUCGUCGCCGGCAGCGCGCCGCGCACGCCACGCGCGGACCGGACUCCGCCGAUGGCAUCUGCGGCGACGACCACGGCGGCAUGGACGCGGGAGGAGGACAAGGCGUUCGAGAACGCGGUUGCGGCCGCGCCGCCUCCUCCGCCCGAUGGCCCACCGGACGAGGGAUGGUUCGCGGCGCUCGCUGCGAGCGUGCCGGCGCGGACGGCGGAGGAGCUGCGGCGGCACUACGAGGCGCUGGUGGAAGACGUGGGCGCCAUCGAGGCAGGCCGCGUCCCGCUCCCGCGCUACGCCGGGGAGGAGUCCGCCGCGACGCCCGACGGCGCCGCCGCAGCCUCCACACCGAAGGACGGCGGCGGAGGAAGCGGGCACCGGCGCGAGGAGCGGAAGGGCGGCGUCGACGUGGGGAAGAGCUGCUCCAAGGCUGAGCAGGAGCGGCGCAAGGGCAUCCCGUGGACCGAGGAAGAGCAUAGGUUGUUCUUGCUGGGGCUGGACAAGUUCGGCAAGGGCGACUGGCGGAGCAUCUCGCGCAACUUCGUCAUCUCGCGGACACCGACGCAGGUGGCGAGCCACGCUCAGAAGUACUUCAUCCGCCUCAACUCCAUGAACCGCGACCGCCGCCGCUCAAGCAUCCACGACAUCACCAGCGUCACCGCGGGCGACGUCGCAGCUGCCGCUCCGGUCACGGGCGGCCCCGCCCCCUCGAUGUCAAUGGGGCCCACGGGCAUGAAACACCACCACCACCCCCCGCCGCCGAUGGGCAUGUACGGGCACGCGCCCAUGGGCCACCCCGUCGCGGGGCACAUGGUGGCGCCCGCGGCCGUCGGCACGCCGGUCAUGUUCCCGCCGGGGCACGCGCCCUACGUCGUGCCGGUGGGCUACCCGGCGCCACCGACGAAGAUGCACCAAUGAUAUCAUGGCCGUGCCACACUUGCUUACCUGCUUGAUUGAUUCUCUUCUUCCUCAUGCAUUUGUGCACUCUGCAAAGCUACAUGGACAUCAUCAAGCUCGGCCGCAUUUCUUGCUUGUUCUUUCUUGAUUUGUUCUUCUUGUGUAACCAUCCAUCCAUCCUUCCCUGAUCUCCCAUUGAUGUGACAUAGAUGACUCAAGUGACUGCAGCUGCAGGGCAGGCAGGCGAAAAUAAUUAUCUGCUGACCGUUGCAAGUGCUACUUGUAGCCAUACUCAGGGAGGCUCCAGACAUGUGUAAUUAGCAGCAGCCUUCCAGGGUGCAUUGGUUCGUUGCAACUGGGGAUUGAUCAAUUUCUGUUUUCCGGAUGUAAAUUAAUUGCCGACGUCUAAUUUGUGCAGAAAGAUAUAUUGAUCAUCACAGCAUGUUGUAGCAUUUCCUUUUUCCGCCUGGAGCAUCUCAAGUUCCUCUCAACAGCCAUUGUUUGCAAAUGUUGUUGUUGAAUUUGGGAAGGACCUUAUGUUGUUUCAGUGAUCAUAAAUGUUUCACACUCAAUUGAGACGGGCUACAUGUUUGUUUUCCUUGUU